CAGGGCGUGGUCACUGGGGGGUACUUAGGACUGGCUGGUGCGAGGGCCGGGCCGGCGCGGAGCUUUAGCUGCGAAGCUGCUGGGCACUCAGCGCGGGUCAUGGCUUGGAUCCUGGACUGUCUUUUUGCGUCGGCCUUUGAGCCACGUCCGCGGCGUGUGAGUGUCCUGGGUGGAGCCCCAGGACACAACCCUGACCGCCGGGCGAAGAUGGUAUCUAUACACAGCCUCUCCGAGCUGGAGCGCCUGAAGCUGCAAGAGACUGCUUACCACGAACUCGUGGCCAGACAUUUCCUCUCUGAAUUCAAACCAGACAGAGCUCUGCCGGUUGACCGUCCAAACACCUUGGAAAAGUGGUUUCUGCUUUUGAGAGGACAAGAGAACGUCUCUCUCAAGACUUUUGGCAUUCGUCUGGAAGAGGUGCUGGUGAACGAGCUUACCCGCCGCAAACAUCUGGAACUGACAGCUACCAUGCAGAUUGAAGAAGCCACGGGACAGGGUGCUGGCCGUCGUCGGGGAAACGUGGUGCAGAGGAUGUUUGGCCGCAUCCGGCGCUUUUUCAGCCGAAGGAGAAAUGAGCCCUCUUUGCCCCGGGAGUUCACUCGCCGUGGGCGACGAGGUGCCGUGUCGGUAGACAGCCUGGCUGAGCUGGAGGGAGGGGCUCUGCUGCUCCAGACCUUGCAACUUUCGAGGGUUUCAUUUCCCAUUGGCCAGCGCCUUCUGGGAUCCAAAAGGAAGAUGAGUCUCAAUCCGAUUGCUAAACAAAUCCCCCAGGUUGUUGAGACUUGCUGCAAAUUCAUUGAAAAACAUGGCUUAAGCACUGUGGGGAUUUUCACCCUUGAAUACUCUGCACUGAGAGUGAGUCAGCUCCGCGAAGAAUUUGACCAAGGUCUGGAUGUAGUGCUAGAUGACAAUCAGAACGUGCAUGACGUGGCUGCACUCCUCAAGGAGUUUUUCCGUGACAUGAAGGACUCUCUGCUCCCAGAUGAUCUAUACAUGUCCUUCCUCCUGACUGCAACUCUGAAGCCCCAGGAUCAGCUGUCUGCCCUGCAGUUGCUGGUGUACCUGAUGCCACCCUGCCACAGUGACACCCUGGAGCGUCUGCUGCAGGCCCUGCACAAAAUCACUGAGAACUGCGAGGACUCCAUUGGCGUCGAUGGGCAGCUGGUUCCAGGCAACCGAAUGACUUCCACCAAUCUGGCUUUGGUGUUUGGAUCUGCUCUUCUGAAGAAGGGGAAGUUUGGUAAGAGGGAAUCCAGGAAGACAAAACUGGGGAUUGACCACUACGUUGCUUCCGUCAACGUUGUCCGCGCCAUGAUUGAUAACUGGGAUAUCCUCUUCCAGGUGCCUCCACAUAUUCAGAGACAGGUGGCUAAGCGUGUGUGGAAGUCCAGCCCUGAAGCCCUUGAUUUUAUCAGACGCAGGAACUUGAGGAAGAUCCAGAGUGCACGCAUCAAGAUGGAAGAGGAUGCGCUACUUUCUGAUCCUGUGGAAACUUCUGCUGAAGUGCGUGCUGCUGUCCUUGCUCAAAGCAAGCCUUUUGAUGAAGAACCUGAAGGAGCCUCAGACGAGCAAGAAAUCCUGAAUUCUGGAGAAAAUUUCAAUGAUGACAUUGAGGAAGGACCAGAGUUUGAAGACCCCCAAAACCUAGACAUCGCAGAAGUCCCGUACCUUGAUGUGAUUCCGAAUAAUGAAGAAGCUGUGGACACUGACGAAAUCCCAGGUUCUGAGGAGCCCGCUGUGCCUGUCAGCACCGCUUCUGCCCGUGAUGGUGAGGAUGAAGCGGAUAAUCUCCCCAUUCUGGAGCAGGAUCGCCCAUUGCUCCGUGUGCCCCGGGAGAAGGAGGGCAAAUCUGGCAUGGGCUACUUCUUGCCUUAGAUGUAUUUCCUUCUAUAAGAUGAUAGCUAGGGGAAAAGGGCGGGGAUGAAUCAGAUAUCACAAGAAACGUUAAGGAGACUCUGAGAAACAAAGAUUGGAGGGUGAGCAGGAGUUCCACCUGAUGCUCGGGUCAGGACGGGAAUUCCAAAACACACUGCCAAUCCCUUCACCGGGGAAGCUUGUUCUCUGUAGCCAGUAAAGGCAGAGCUAUUUCUGUGUUGUACGCAAGCUCCCUGGUGCUACCUUGCCUUUCUCUUUUACCUUUGAUCUUGGCUCUCUUUCACUGCAACCUUUCCUUUAAUUGAUGUAACAUUUGUGAUAAAUGCCUGUCCCAGAGAAGCUCACAAAUCUCGAGGUGCUUUCCCUUCCCCAAAGGGGAUUGCAUGUUUUUCCUGACUUUCCUACCCUCCUCCCGAGAGCUCAAUUGGAAAGGCCCUCAAGAGGCAUGCUGAAACGUUAGGUCAGCCUUCUGACACCUGACAAACAAUUAAUGCUAAACCGUGUCACACCAACUCAUAGCCGUGUCCCCGCAGUAACUCCGUCGCCUCAGGAUUUCCCAUCCACCUCAAUUCUUUAGACUUGGUGGCUCAUCAAAGAGCCACUCCCAAAUUUCUGUGCAGUUUUGCUCAGGUCACACCAACAGGGAAGCCUCAAGUACAAUCCUAACUAGUUUUCUUGGGUCAAAAAUUUAGAGGAAAAAUUAGAUUUUAUUACCUGAAUCAGUUUUAAAGGCAGCUGACACAUGUCGUUGUCAGCAAAAACAGUUAAUUAGGUACACACAUCUUUCCAAGUAGUUAAAGUCACCUGAUUACAAAUGAUAUCUAUUUUUACCAUAGUUCCUCUACACAGAACACACAAAUUUGCGGGACAUGCACUGGUAACACACAGGUAUGGGUUAUGUCUGACAUACAAAAUUACAGCUGAUCUUGAGGGGGUAACAACCGCUAAAUCCAUAGAAUGAAGAAUGUAUUGUAUUGAGGGAUAGAAAUCAAUCAUACACUGGGUAACAACCACAGAGCUCGAAGAUUUGUGAUUGUUAAAACUUCUCUGGCAUUUAAUCAUUAAUAAACAUCUGUGUUGUGACAGCAGCAUA